AAAAAAAAGACAAGAAAGAGAGAGAAUCCUUAAAAAUAAACCAGAAAUAGAGGAAGCCAUUAAAACUGCACAACAGACAGACAAACAUAGCAAACAAUUUCGAAGAAACGCUCGUAACCCACAAAUCAACUACAAAAUCAACGACCCCUUAGCCGCUUUUCUCUUCAAGGAACAUUAUCUUAUAGUAAUCCAGAAAGAUGUCUCCUGCAUCAAAAUCCAAUACCAAGUCCAAGGAUAAGACCUCUGCAAAGUCUGCUAUAGAACAACCAAAAGCAUCCAUUAAGUCUUCUGGAUCAACCAACUCUGUAACUGGGAAUCCAGCGAAUGCUUAUAAUCCAAUUUCUGGGACUUUUCACACAUUAGAAAUACCAGCUGCUGCUGCUUUCCCGCCCUUGCAUGAUAAUGGUCGUUUCAGAAAUAUAGAUGACACAGAUGAGCAUUCUAGCAGCCCACAUGGAACAGUUUCUGAGUAUGAUUCAGUUUCCAACAAUGGGAGCUGCUCUGGUGAGUCAGAGGACAUUAAAGAGAAGAUAAUCAAUUCUACUCGACAGGAAACGAUACCUGGCUUAGACAGCGACCGACGUGAGAAGAUCUGUCAGAGGAAUGAGAAAAAGCAUCAGCGUCAGAGAGAGAGGAGGGUGCAAGAGUUGCAUGACCGAUGCAGUGGGUAUCUAAUGUCAAGAAAACUAGAAAGGCUUUCACAACAGCUUGUGGCGAUGGGUUUUUCUCAUGAGCAGGCAAUCUUGGCCCUUAUGCUGAAUGAGGGCAGGGUAGAAGAAUCGGUAAACUGGCUUUUUGAGGGAAGUGAAGAGGAAGCUCAAAAGGACUCUAAGCUUGAAAGUGGUGGUAACCUAAAAAUUGACAUAAAUGAGGAGCUCGCUCAAAUCUCAGCAAUGGAGAUGAGAUACAAAUGCUCAAAGCAGGAGGUUGAAAGAGCAGUGGUUGCUUGUGAAGGGGAUCUAGUGAAGGCAGAGGAGACCCUGCAGCCACAGAAGCAGGAACCACCUGCAACUCCACCAAGGCAAGAAUAUACUGCCGAUACGAAUAACCUGAGGAGACUGCAUGAAAAGCAUGUACCUGUGACUUCAGUUACAGCACAACAGAGAAUGAAUGAACGGGAUUUCAACUACAAAACAGCAAUUCCAGUGCCAAUGUAUUCAGAACCUGGGAGUAGAAACUUGCAACCUCUGAAUCAGCCCAAGCCACUAGCAGACAAGAGGUGGGGUGCAACAGGAUCGAGCCCUGCAUUCUCAUCAUCUAUGGGACCAUCCAUGCAAGUAGCACCUCCAUCAACAAAACUUGAUAUCCAGCUUGGUUUUACUGAAGGAGUGGGCACAACAGGAUCGAGCUCUGCAUUCUCAUCAUCUAUGGGACCAUCCAUGCAAGUAGCACCUCCAUCAACAAAACUCGGUGUCCAGCUUGGUUUUACUGGAAAUGAGAGGAAAAAUGUGCAGCAGAUUGUGAGGGAACCAGUCAGCCCUCAAUCUAUGAAUGCCAAACAAAAUACAGUCCCUUACGCAAGUGCCACUCCUUCAGUAACAGCUGGAUGGUAUUCAAAUAAUGUUCCAGGUGUUGAACAUAUGCGGUCAAAUGUUAAGUUGCUUUCAAAUCAGAGCACUGGAAGCCUUGGUCUUGUAAAUCAGAGCUCACAACAAUUUUACCAUCCAGUGUCAUACAAACAAAACCCGUUCCCUUAUAGCGGCCCAGUGAAUUAUACAUCAAAUGGACUUGGAGGAACAAGGUCUCCUUCACUUACAGUUCCAUCUCAGUUGCAAGGUUCAUAUGGUAAAACGACUGCAUCUUUGCCUUCUCUAGCAGCACCGUCCUCACUUGGUUUAUUCACUGGCUGGGGCUCAGCUGGAACUUUAGGUUCUUCACAUGUUGAUUGGAAUACAGGAGGCCUGAUGUCAGAAUUUGAUUACACCAGCAUCGAUUGGACUUUGGAUUCGAACAUGUUAUCCUCCAAGUCAAAUGGGUUGUGGCUGGGUCUGUCAUCAUUACUUAGGAACACGUCUAGCACAAGGACGAGCAGUACAAAUAGUUCCUUCCUAUCAGGGUUACGGGACAGUGGAGUGGCUAAAGAAACAUCAUCCUCAGCUCGUUCGCGCGAGUGGACCUCUCCUUUCGCAGGCAAGGACAUCUUUAGUUUGCCUAGGCAGUUUGUAACUUCUCCAUCUCCUUAGGACUAGGGAUAGGACUUUGGAAAAGGAGAAGAAAGCAGGCAGUGAGUCUCGUUUAGUUGGGGUUUGGAUGCAUGUUCAUGCUUGUUUCUGGUUUUAUCAGUGGUAAAUGCAUCCAUCAGUUUCUGCUUC